AAAAGGCCCAAAGAGUGGACAAUCAGUCGCUGCGGAAACAUUGUCGAGGUUGUGAGUCAACAAUAUUGUCGCUUAUACGGUUUUAUGGUGGGACAGACAUAUUUAUAUGUACAUACAUAACUACAUUAUAUGUACAUAUAUAAUCGCACAUACAUAGCGAUAAACGCGCAAGCGCAGCUGAUUUACUUGUGGGCAUUGCUUAAAGUGGCUUAGUGGACAAAAAAAAAAAAAAAACGACAAUGGUUGCGUAUUGGUAUUAGCGACUAGAGCUCGUUUUAUUUUGUUGUUCGUUUGUUAAUUUUACUCUCGUGUUUUUAUGUGAAAGUGAUUGAUUUAUUUAAAACAUAUGCCAAAAGGUGUGAAAACGAAGAAUGUUAAGUAAAUAUCCACAUGUAAAUAACAAGUGGAUGACCAAAACGCUUUAAUUUUAAAGCAAUAAUCCCCACUAAGAUUCACAUACAUAUAAUAGCAUAGUUAGCUACGUUAGUGAUAUGUUUUUAUUGAAAACUCGCAAAAACGGAAAUUGUGACGAAUGCAAAGUGCCGAGGCCACGCAGUCAAAGCGUUUAUGAUGGCCAAGCGAGAAGUACUUAUGGAAAUCGGCAAUUAUGCAGGAAGUUUUGGCUAGCCAUCCUGCUUUUGGCAGUAUAUCUAUUCCAAAUUUGUUUGGCUAUGGACGAGGAAGAAGAGGGUCCCUACCAGGGAAAGUAUUUAGGAAAACUCAAUUCAUAUCAUCAUCAGGUCUCCGGCGAUGUCUACGCAGUAAACGAAUAUACCUUUCUGAUAAUUGGAUUUAAUUACGAUGGCAAUGGCGCUGAUACCUUCUUCUGGGCUGGCGCAUCAAAUCGUCCGGGGCCCCAAGGUUUUAUUGUGCCCGACGAAUAUGGCAAAACCAACAUACUGGAUCGUUAUCAUAACAAAGACUUCACGCUCACAUUGCCUGAUCGAAAGAAAAUUACAGAAAUUAAAUGGUUGUCCGUUUACGAUCUAAACAAUCAAAAUAAUUUCGGCGAUGUUUACAUUCCGGAGGAAUUCGAACCACCACGCGCACAGGCAGGCGGUACGUUCUCUCGUCGCAGUCACAAUGUCAGCAGCAGUGCCAUAGAUAUGCUAGACUCAAAGACGAUACGCAUCACAGAUUUCACCUACGAUGGAUUGGGCAAGCGUACGUUCUUUUGGACCGGCGUGGGUGCGCAGCCAUCAAGCCGCGGCAAUAAGAUACCCGACGAAAUGGGAUAUUUGGAUCCCAUACGGAAAUAUGACAAGGAGACUAUCACUUUAGAACUGCCCGGUGACAAGACGAUUUUCGACAUUGAUUGGAUUAGUAUUUAUGAUUUGGCUGAUAACGAAAAUUUCGGUCAUGUUCUAAUUGCCGAUAAUUUGAAUGUGCCGCCGUCGUUGGUAAAAAUAACACCCUAUGAAUUUUCGCUGCCUAAUUGCCGGCAGUUGCAUAAGAAUCUGCAAGUCUCCUGGGAAGUAUUUGGCCCACAAAUCACACUGCAGCUAUCCGGCCAGGUGGAAAAGAAUGACUAUAUGUCAUUUGGCCUAUCCGGUUCGGAGACAUCAAGUCAAAUGAUAGGCGGAGAUGCGGUUGUGGCGUACAUGGAUGAUAUACGUGGCUAUUCAGUGGAUUACAACAUUACUUCUUUGGCACCGUGUGUGCAAGUGUUGGGUCAAAAUAAGGGCGUGUGUCGCGAUGACGUCGUUGGCGGUUUGGACAGUUUUCAACUUAAUACGUACAGCCGUAAGGAUGGCAUUAACACAAUAACUUUUCGACGUACCCUAAUAUCAUCGGAUCCUGGCGACAAAGAGAUACGACUCGACAAGAGUAAUUAUGUUAUUUGGGCUCUAGGUCAGUUAGACUCCAACUCAGAGCCAGCAUUCCAUUAUGUUUAUCCGAAAAGUGAUAUACUCAUCGACUUCAAUACAACAGAGGCAAUAAAUGACUGCUUCAGCUUUACAAAACGUCCAGAAACUCCUGUCCAAGUAUGGGAACGUAUACGUUUAUAUGAUCCCACAUUGCGUGUUUUUAAUGCCUACUUGGGACCUUCCGGUGGCUUACGCGGCUAUCAAGGAAUAACCGGACACGUUUCCAGUGGUUUAGCUUGGUACAUUAACGGCUAUAUGACACCGGAACUGUAUUUAAAACGAGGACUUACAUAUGCCUUCAAGGUGCGCGGUGGCAACAAUCCACAUUCGCCGGAACAUUAUCAUCCCAUGGUGAUAACAGAUGAACCUCAUGGUGGCUACGAUCGGCUCAGCGAUGCAAAACAGAGUGAAAUUCGCGUUUUGGCGGGUGUUGAAUUUACUCGACGCGGUCGUCCCAAGCCAACAGCUGCCGGACCGUUAUGCCUCUCUAAGUAUCCCAUUAAUUAUGAUCGCCGUUUGGAUGAUAACUUUCCCAGUUUCAAAAAGUUCAAUCGUUCGCUAAUUAAUAUUUGUCCCAAUGAAGAGCCCGCCAUAUUGGAGAUCACACCGAAUAUCACUUGGCCCGACAUUGUGUACUAUAAUAGCUUUACACACGCCAAUAUGGGUUGGAAAAUACACAUAGUCGACAGUCUUUCCAAUUUACGUAAUGGAGCACUUAAAAAUUUGAUAAUGCUGCCGACAAGACUAGUAUUGUUGUUGUGGUGCUUUGGAUUUUGCGCAAACGUAGUACUACUUGGGCAUUGAUGGCGCCAGCGACUUCUAUGUAUGAGAAAAAAGUUAACAAUUGUGAGAACUAAAAAAGCAAAAGUUGUGGCGGGGUUCCUUUAAUAUACAUACCAUGUUUGACUGAUUUCAAAACUGUUUUUUUUUUUUCAUUAUAUGUAUGUAUACAUAAAAUGUAUACGAAUAUACUUUUAGUUGAGGAUAACGUGAAUUUCAUAUAAAUACGAGUUCUUACAUACAUAUAUAUACAUAUGCACGCACUAGUUGUAAAAGUCAAAUUGUAAUGCAGCGUAACGCAUUUCUGUGUAAAUAAAGAAAUGAUUUGAUAAUUGUAGAAAAAAGUGAGUACAGACGUACUACUCAUGUAAA